CAAAGGCUAUAAAUUUGAGCGUUUUGUUCUCGAUCAGUGAAAAAUCAUACAUUGAAGAAUUAUUUUGACAAAAUACAUUUAGAAUUUUGUAAUACCUACAAUGUGCGGUCUUAUAUACUUUUAUUUUGUAGUUAUAUUCCAUAGUGCAGUUCUAAUCAAUGGUGAAACCAGAGAGGCAGUAGCGCAUUUGAUGUCUGAACAAGUCAAUGGAACUAUUUAUUUUACGGAGACAGAUAAUGGACUUCGUGUUCAUGGCACAAUAACGGGAUUAAGUACUGGACGGUAUGGUUUUCACGUACAUGAGCUAGGGGACAUAAGUACGUGCAUCGCAACGGGUGCGCACUUCAACCCUUACGAUGCUGACCACGGCGGACGAGAUCACACCGUGCGACACGUUGGCGAUCUUGGAAAUGUGCAGUUUGUAGGGAAUACCGCAUUAAUCGACUUCGUGGACAAUAUCAUAACCCUUCGAGGUCGAAAUAAUAUUUUGGGUCGUGGCUUGGUGCUUCACGAACAGGAAGACGACCUAGGUCUAGGUGACCAUGAGACUUCCUUAACGACCGGAAACGCUGGUCCAAGAAUAGCGUGCGGAGUAAUAGGAAUCCGAUCACCAUCCGAUUGGAAUUCCGGAAUAUCAGUUAAUCCAUCUGUAUUAUUACUUAUUAUCGGUUUGUUGUUUUUGAUAAUUGAAUGAUAGAUUAAUUAUAUUCAUUAACUCUAAGGCCGAAUUUGUACCUGUUUGUUGUCUUGCCAGUAUUUAUUGAGUUCAUGGGCUGGAGGAUAUUUGCAACAAGAUAUUUCCAAAGUUAUUUCCAUACAUCCAUGCCAUAAAUAAUUGUAAUCCUGCAUUCCGCCUGUAAUGAAGAUUUAUACAAAAAAAUAAUUAAUCAUCACUAAACACUCAUAGAAAUGUGUUUGAAUCGAAGUUUUCAUUAUUCCAAAAAAUUAUGUUUAUUAAAUUAAAACUGACAGUAGGUAUAUGAUAAAAUUCUAGCUGCAACAACCAACAACUAGCAUCUUCGCAACCGGUGACUGACCGGUUUGCUAUUUAUAAUUAGUUUUAAAAUAUGAUUGAAAUAAUUGGCGAAUUUUAAAACAUUCACAUUCUUAGGUACAUAAAGAUACUUAACAAAUAAUUAUGUCUAACGGGAUGGCCUUCGCCUAAAUAAAUUGAUUCUUUUGAAUGUAAAUAAAGAAUUAAAUGUGAA